AUGCUGCAAUUAAAGCGUAGAAAGGCUUGUGACUUUUGUUACCGCAGACGGAUCAAGUGCGAUGCACAAAAGCCUCGAUGCUCAAAUUGUAUAUUGCAUGACUCAACCUGUGCCUUUGAAGCUGUAAGCCGUAAGGCAAAGGCGAAGCACCGAGAGUCAGGCCAAGUCAUCGACAUUCUGCGAUCACAAGUGGAGCGCCUCGAAUCGAGCCUUAGCCAGGCAUUAGAAAAGAUCGAGGAGCUUCGAGGGCAUGCAACAACCUUGGAUGAGCCUCCAGAGGCUCUGUCAAUCAUAGCUUCCCCUAUGGAUUUCCACGAAGACCAGGUCCAUCUGGGCGUCAAGGAGCAUCCUAAGAUCGCCUUGGCGUUGCCACCACUGAAUGAAGUCUUGUCUGCCGCGGAGGUUUACCUUACCACACUAAAUACCAUUCUUCCUCUGUUCCAUCCAGGUAGGUUGCUACAAUUAAUUAACAGCUGGUACACACACCCGGGUCGAAGAGAACGUACAGCAUGGGCCGCAAUCAAUGUGAUGCUCGCCUUGGCUCACAGUCGAAUUUCGCCGAACGACGGACCGUCCAACGAAAACGCGACAUUCUACCUCAACAAUGCACAGUCUGUACUUUCCGAGGUAAUCAUGGGUGAGGGUGACCUUCUUAAUGUCCAGAUUCUCGUCGGAAUGGUCUUAAUCCUCCAAGGAAUGCAAGACCUCAAGCCUGCGAUAAUGCUAAUUGCCAUCGCCUUACGCCUGGCACACGAAUUAGGACUUCAUCGUCGGAAACCUGAGUCUCUCAACAAAUCAAAAGCACUAGAACAGGAUCGGGUUUUUUGGAUAGCAUACCUCCUUGACAGAGAUAUCGGCUUGCGCUCCAGUCGACCACCUGUACAACGUGAGGCUGACAUCGAUCUUGAAUGGCCAUCGUCCGACCCUGAAGAUGGAGCUGGAAAUGUCACCACCUCUGAUGGUACCUUUCCGUUCAACUUUCUGCGUUGUCGGGUUCGUCUUGCGCGGAUCCAAGGUGAAGUCUAUGACUUCAUAGUCACAACUCGCGCCGGGAAGACGGAUAACUACCAGCGAGACGAUAAUAUAAUUCGUCUGAACCGUAUGCUCGACGACUGGAUCUCUACCAUACCGCUACCGUUUCGACCCAGCUCUGUCAUUAAAUUUGGCCAGCCAAACCUUUGCCGAAGCUUUGCAAUCCUUUACUCCACCCACAUUGCCUGUCGGACUCAGGUUUGUCAGGCUCAUGCCAUGGCGUUGCCCUGGAUACAGAACCUCCGGGGCUUUGGCAGAACACUUACGCAACAAGGGCAGGCUCUCCCAAUACCCCUGCCUACCCCAUCAUUUCGGGACUGGGAGAAGCUCGUUGCUGAGAUUCGUGGUUUUAUGCAGCUCUUUCGACAAGUGAAUCCAAGAGAUCAGGCAUUUAUAGGGUAA